AUGUCGAUCUGGAUAUGGGAACUGGAUCUGGAUUUGGAUCUAAAUUUGGAUCUAAAUCUGGAUCUGGAUCUCGAUCUACAUCUGGAUCUGAAUCUGGAUCUGGAUCUGGAUCUGAAUCUGGAUAUAGAUCUAGAUCUGAAUCUGGAUCUGGAUUUGGAUCUGGAUUUUGAUCAGGAUCUGAAUCUGGAUCUGGAUUCUGGAUCUGGAUUUGGAUCAGGAUCUGAAUCAGGGGACCUGACUCAGGAUCUGAAUCAGGAUCUGACUCAGGAUCUAGAUCAGGAUCUGAAUCAGGACCUGAUUCAGGAUCUGGAUCACUAUCUGGAUCAGGAUCUGGAUCAGGAUCUGGAUCAGGAUCUGGAUCAGGAUCUGGAUCAGGAUCUGGAUCAGUAUCUGGAUCAGGAUCUGGAUCAGGAUCUGGAUCAGGAUCUGAAUCAAGAUCUGGGUCAGGGUCUGGAUCAGGAUCUGGAUCAGGAUCUGGAUAAGGAUCUGGAUUAG